AUGUUGACUUUGAUUUCCGAAGCUCUUGAUGAGUUAAAAGAUGCUUUUGUUCCAACUUUAGCUAAGGCUGAAAAUGAUGAAGAAGCUGAAGAAGAAGAAGAAGAAGAGGAAGAAGAAGAUGAAGACGAAGACGAUGAAGACGAAGAAGAAGAAGCUGGUGAUCAAUUAGACAAAUUAAGAUCAGAAUGUGCUGAAACUAAAGAUUGUCACUCAUACGUCCAUCAUUACGCUGAAUGUGUCGAAAGAGUUACUAAAGAACAAGAAGAAGAAGGUUAUGAAGACAAAGAUUACAAAGAAGAUUGUGUUGAAGAAUUCUUCCAUUUACAACACUGUGUUAAUGAUUGUACCGCUCCAAGAUUAUUCUAUAAAUUGAAAUAG